AGAUACCACUACCAUCUACGCCCUCAAAACAAGUCACACAUACAACCAUCGAAACAAGGGAAAACAAUAUAAUACCCACACGAAAUGAUUCAACGAAUGCACUACAAAAAGACAUUCAUUCGAUGAAAGCAGAUCUGCUGGGUGGUGGUGCAUCGUCGGCUUCUUCAUCGCACUCUGCCACAAUUUCCAUGUCUGCGGGAAAUGGCAAUGGCAUGUCUGCGCUGGGAGGGGCGAAUAUAAAUGCAGUCGAUCGCAAAGGCACGCUGGCUAUUGGCAAAAGUAUGUAUUAUACCGAACAGCCACCGAAGCAAUUGGAUGGCUCUGCAGCUGACAGAUUACACAAGUCUCCAAGUAUUUUUUAUUUGUGCAGAUUUGCACUAAUUUUUUUACUACUGAGAAAUCACUCAUAAAACUACGUGGAUUUGUAUAAAUAAAAAUUAAAUAAAUAUUUAGUAAUUAAAACUCAAUAAUAAUAUAAAACAGUUUAUGGGUUAUGAUUUCACUGUAUAUCGCAAGACUUAAGUUUUACGGAUAAUAUAAUUUAAAUGAAAAUCAAAGCCACGUUUUCCAAAAAAAAAAAAAAUAUAUGUAUGUAUAUUCAAGUAUGGAUUGCUGUGCAUUUAGUUGAGCGUAUUGAAAGAUAUUUCGAGUAAACGGAAAAUGACGUUAAAUAAAAACUAAUAUUCAAUAGUU